AUGGACUCCAAAUACACCUUGGCCCAGAACAGGGCUGCGUUGGAGGAAUUCGUUCGCCAACCUGUACGGACCUACAUGGUUCAGCACCUUGCAAAGCAAGCCUCACAGGUCAUCCGAUGUGAUCCAGAGCCGCUGCCUUCAGCAGAGUCAUUGCCUACUCCCCCGUCGACCCCGCCUCAUUCAUCCUCAGCAGAGCCCGCUCCAGCCCCUCUACCGAGUCUUGAACAGUUCAUCAGCUCUCUAGUCCACCGGUCUGCUGUUCAAGUGCCAACUUUGAUGACCUCCCUGGUCUACCUUGCCCGUCUCCGAUCAAGACUGCCACCUGUCGCAAAGGGAAUGAGGUGCACUGUUCACCGGAUCUUCCUCGCCUCCUUGAUCUUGGCUGCGAAGAACUUGAAUGAUUCAAGCCCGAAGAACAAGCACUGGGCAAGAUAUACAACGGUGAAGGGUUACGAGGGUUUCGGAUUCGGACUGGCAGAGGUGAAUCUGAUGGAGAGACAACUCCUGUACCUGCUUGACUUCGACACUCGAGUGACGGAACAGGACUUGUUUGACCAUUUUGAGCCAUUCCUCGCUCCUAUCCGCUUCCAGAUGGAGCUCCAGCAAGAAGAAGCAGAACUCACCAGCAGCCACCGCCACUGGCACUCUCAUCAGACCUCUUAUGACUCAACAAUGUCCGUACCACCUCUGACUCGCAAGGAGCCGGCCCAGCCCGUUGUUGCAACGCCGCCACCAAGAGCGGUCGGGGUUUACGAUUCUCCCGCUUGCUACGUUGAUGAGGACUUGGCUAGUGGUCGAUAUGCAAGACACAAGGCCAACAACAGUUCGUUGUCAUUACCAGCUCCCAGCCAUCGACGAUGGCCAUCGCCAUUCCGCCAUCACGCCAACACUCGGUCGGUGUCACCGCCGUCCCUUCGUGAUCUUCCGCCUCUUGUUUCCUCCGGCAGACCUGGCACGGUGCACAGCCACAGCAGUUCCCGGUCCUCCUCACUGGCUCCAUCAUCACGCUCUCGGUCUUCCUCUCUCGCACCCACUUCUCGAGGUACUCCAUACACUGCGUCGUCAAACAUCGACGACAGUAUUGUGGUGGUUGAUCUGACCCAGAGCCCUGAUGCGUCAUACCACAGUACAUAUGGCAAGACUGUUUCGGCAUCGCGGCCCAGCCUCAAAGGUCAUCAGACAAGCUUCCAAGGCGAAAGCCAACAGCCAGCCAAAAAGGUCAAGUCGGAAUCCGGAGUAGGCAGUGUGAUGGCGAGGUUCUUUAGUUCUGCGACGGGCAACCAUCGAAUUGGAAGGACACCUAUUCAGCAGGCAGCUUAG